UUCUUGACCACGCACCUGUUGAACACCUUGUAUCGAACGCAGAUGCUGCUUUCCAACGAUUUACCGGUCUGUUCCAAUCAGCUCGUUUAUAAGUCGGUCUCGGUUGAUUCGUCAAUUCAAAUGCUCGUCAUCGUGGCUACUGGACGGAAUAUAUCGCUUGUCCUAACAGAUCCGGAUGGAGAAUGGGCAGCCACUACUGAGCAAUAUACCGAUGGCGUAAAUAACAUAUGGCUCUUCAACGGACCACAGGUUGGCAACUGGCUGUUCUCGUUCCGUUCUUCAGCAGCUACGCAAUCGUGCAGUUACAAAAUCUACCAGGCUAUGUACCACACACCUGGACGAGAUACCCAGAUGGAUCUUUUCUGGUCAACAUCGAUCAAUAUCGAUUCGGAUAUGGGCCUCCCACAGCCACUGUUCGGUCUACAACAUGCGAUCGUCAUGCAUCUGACCAACUAUCCUGUUGGCGUUCCACCAGAACGUGUACAAGCUUCCCUAACUAUAAGUACAAAUCGUAACGGAAAACCGACACAGGUUUAUGCAUCGAACGGAAUAUGGCGUGAUGUCUGCAAUUAUAAUUUCUAUUUCCCACCGUUCAUGUGUAGACGGCCUAAUGAACUUUUUCAUUUCAAUUUCUUCGCCCAGGACCUACUUGGAUUUGCCGUACAACGAGCAGGUGUCAUGUACUGCGCAGAGAUAGCUCCCCCACCAACAUCACUGUCGGGAUGUCAAAACGGUGGCGUAAUGAACCCUACGAACACGUCUUGUUUCUGUCCACCUGGAUUCAGUGGAAAUCUUUGUGAACAAGUUCAAUGCUACAAUGGUGGAAAAUAUAUCGGAAAUCAGUGUAGCUGUCCGAUUGGAUGGACUGGAACAUUCUGCGAAUUGCCUAAAUGCAUAAACAAAGGACUAUCCCCAGAAUUCAUUCUGAAUCAAGUGGAUAUGGUGUUUAUGGUGGAGCUCACGGCUCAAGCUCAUGCUCAGGUAGUUUCGUUGAAUAUGCAAUUCGCCGAGAUAAUUCGUGAUGUGCAAGCCCAAAGUCGUACUUGGAUCAAUCGAUUCUACCUGGUUGGGUUCAACUCCACUUGGGCGGACAUCAUGGCAGUGUCAUCGAGUCGUGAUCCUCACCAAGUUAUCGACACGUUGAAUAGGCUAGCCGGAGUGAUACCUACCGAUACUGGAUGUCGUGUGCAGUUAUGGCGAGGAUUCGAGAGACUGCUUCGUUGGGAUAUACCGGCAGGAUCAUAUGUGGAAAUCUUCCAGACUUCACCUGAAGAGAACGGCAAUUUGGACUUUGUUGGACAGCUUUAUGAUCGACUACGAAGCUUGUUCUUCAAGAUGAACGGUUUCCUUUCGUUCACGCCCACCUUCAAACCGGAUGGAUUCGCAUGUAAUGCUACGCAGAUAAUCCGAGUGAUUCCUCUGCAAUACCAGUCGGCACUGGUCUAUGGACAAUACAGCUACAAGUGUAAAACUCCGAUGAAGGUAAUUCUAAUGCAAUACAGUAAUUUAUAA